AGGUCACCAUUAAAUUGGAGCCCCCAGGCUCCCUGCCCUUGCUGAACCCUUCUAGACUCUAGAUUCUAGACGGUAUUGUUUAACUCAGGGCUCCAUCCAUCCCAGAUUCCACAUCCAGCUGUUCUGGGAGAUGUAGGUCUCUCGCAGACCUAACUUUUCCCAACCCCAUCCCAAAUACUCCAGGCCCAGAGAAAAGACACUUGCCCUGGACCCACCUCUAAGAAACGGUUCUCAGGACUGGAGCUAGCCCGAGGGUGGGGUUAGGAUGCAACCAUGUCCUAUAUAGGUUUAGUCAAAGCCUGUGUCAGCUUCCAGUACCUGAAGUGCCCCGAGCCGCGCCAGGAAGGUCUCUUUCUGGUAGAGUUACGCCCCCUUAACUGCGGAAGAACCGCAGACCCCACCCUGGCCAUCCCCUGAGGCGGGCUUUUCUGGAUGGCGCGGGCGGGCAGGCCUGGGCUAGGAACUCGGGCUGGGCUAGUGGGGAAGCCCCGGGCUGCGGGACCAGAGUAGCACUAAAAGGUUCUAGGCGGUACAGACCGCCAUGGAGCCACUGCCACGGGGAUACAUGAAGGAGGUGAGUGGGAUCGAGGGAGGCCUGGAAACAGCCUUGUCCUGCAGCCCAGGAGCUAAGUGUCUAUGAAGCUUGGUGGUGGGGUGCCCUCCACUCCGACCUCCCUGAGGGCUGGGUUGCCUCCACCCACCGACCUAGUUAGGUUCGGGCGCGCCCUUCCGCUGAGAGGAAGCACACGCUCCCGCUCCGGGGGAAAGAAGGGUCUGGGGGCCUCCAUAUCGCAGAAGGCACGGAUGGGGGCAGGGGGGCCCCCGUCUUGAUGAUUGUGGGGGAAGUGGGUGAAGGGCUGACAAGGGACCGUCGUGUGUUGUGCGUGCGUAAGCUGGGUCUGUAGACCGAGAAGGAAACUGGCCCCGCUCCCCCUCCCAUGGGCGUCCCAUUAUGCCCAGAAGCCUGAGAAAGCUGAUGCUAAGGCUCUGGGAUAGAGGAGGAACCUGGGAGCCACCCUGGGGUCAGCAGCCGCAUGUUCCCCAGGCUCUCUUGGUGCUACUGCUGCUGCUGCCCCCGGGCCAGGGCCAGAGCAGCCCUCCUGGCCCGUGUGACUGUGCCAAUGACUCACAGAAGAGGGAUGGCCGGUUUUGUUGCAGGGGCUGCCCAAAAGGACACUACAUGAAGGCCCCCUGCACAGAGCCCUGUGGCAACUCCACCUGCCUUCCCUGUCCUCAGGGCACCUUCUUAACCAGGGGAAACCACUUUAAGACCGACUGUACCCGCUGCCAAGCCUGUGAUGAAGGGGCUUUCCAAGUGACCCUGGAGAACUGUUCAGCCGUGUCGGAUACCCGCUGUGGCUGCCAGUCAGGCCGGCGUGUCUGCUCCACCGAGCCAUGCGGGGAAAGUUCGCCCUUGUCUUGCCUCUCAUGUUCAGAUUGCACUGCUCCCCCAACCCUCGGGAUUUUUGCAGAAUCUGUCCCGACGCCUACAGAACAGCCUGUGCCUGGAAGUGGAGUAGGUGUAGUUUGGGUCCAGGUGCUUCUAGGGACCUCAUUCCUGCUUGGGGCCACCCUGAUAUGUUCAUAUUGCCAACGCCAGCCUUGCAAGCCUGUGGUUCCUGCAGACACAACUGCGAUGGAGACCCUGACCUCACCACAGACUACCCAUCCCUCAGCCUCAGACAGUGCCCACACCCUCCUGGCACCCCAAGGGAGUACUGGAAAAGUAUGCACCACUGUCCAGUUGGUAGGCAACAGCUGGACCCCUGGUUUAUCCCAGACUCAGGAGAUGGCCUGCAACCAGGUUCCACAGCCCUGGAAUCAGUCGCCAAACGCAACUCUCGGCCUUCCUCUGGCACCUCCGCUCUCGCCAGCGCCCCCUGCAGGCUCGCCAGCUGCUAUGCUCCAGCCUGGCCCGCAGCUCUAUGAUGUGAUGGAUGCUGUCCCAGCACGACGGUGGAAGGAGUUUGUGCGCACACUAGGGCUGCGGGAGGCAGAAAUUGAGGCUGUGGAGGUGGAGAUCUGCCGCUUCCGAGACCAACAGUAUGAGAUGCUCAAGCGCUGGCGCCAGCAGCAACCUGCAGGCCUGGGUGCCGUCUAUGCGGCCCUGGAGCGCAUGGGGUUGGAAGGCUGUGCCGAGGACCUGCGCAGCCGCCUGCAGCACGGCCCGUGAUGUGAGACCCACCAGUCACGUUGUUAUUCUAGUGACCCUUGCAGGAGCCUUAAGUAUCGUUACUUAUGCGUGUAGACAUUUUAUGUCAUUUACUACCCCCCUAGCACGGUCCUGCGUAGCAGCACCGGCUGUCCUCGCCCCUGCUUACCUGCCCUAUGGAGCUCCAGCUAAGGGAAGAAAUAUCAAGAGGGGUCAAAUGAUCAGUUGCACAACUGUCUAUCAACCUGAGUUUGGAGUUGGUAUUAAAUAUCUUAAAUAGCUUCUUGGUGUUUCAGUGGGGCUGGGGCUGUUGAGUGGCGCUCUAGUUCCCUUUGUUUCCCUGGGCGUUGAGUUGGCUAGGGGUCCUGACGCCUCGGGA